AUGAAUUCACAUGUUUUGGGUGCUGGUCUACCGACAGCAGUACAGCACAGCAUCUUUCUGAUUGCAGCAGUCGUGAUUUGUCACUGGGUGGUAGCAAUUUCUCUGGUGUUUAUUAACAAAAGCCUCGUCAAUGAACAGGCUGUGGAAGGGGACAUAUCGAUGUUCAUCGUAUGGGUACAGAAUGUGGUCGGGGUUGUUACUGUCCUGAUAAUGCACCUGGUUAGUUCAUUUGUCAAUUUACCCUGGCAUCCGCCGUUUGUAAGUCUUUCCACAGUGUUACAUCCAGAUAUGGUUAUGGCAUCGGUGACAUUUACCGGCACGCUCGUAUUUAACAACCUCAUGCUCAAGCAUAUUAGUGUUGCCUUCUACCAAGCAGCCAGGUCAUUGACAUUGUUAUUCGUUAUCACAUUCAGUGUCUUCAUUCUCCAUGAGAAGAUUACCUCAAGACUCAUGUUGUCCUGUCUGUGCAUCGUCUGUGGAUUUUAUGUCUGUGUCGAUGAAGAACUUCUCUCUCAGGGAGUCAGUCCUGUUGGGAUCAUCUACGGCGUAGUAGCUAGCAUGUUUGCUGCUCUCUGUGGAGUCUUCUUCAAAAGAAUACAGAAGAAGAAGAGGGUCUCAUCUAUGGAGUUGGCUGUAAACAACUGCCUCAUCAGCAGUGUAGGACUGACCCCCUUGGUUAUCUCCACAUCGCAGAUCGACAAUUUUCUCCGAUCCCCCGCUUCCGGUGACGCCACCUUGUGGUCGGUACUGCUUUUUUCGGGAUGCUUGAGCCUGACUAUGGGUUGGGUCAGUGCCCUACAGAUUUCCCUGACCUCUCCGUUGACCCACAACAUCAGCAUCAACGCCAAAUCCGUGUUUCAAACGGUGCUUGUCGUCAUGUGGAGCGGAGAAAGCCGGGCCAGCAUGUGGUGGUUUGGCAAUGGACUGGUGAUGACUGGUAUUGCGACAUACACAGCCAACCGGUUCAAAGUAGCUCAGCAAAAUGCUGUCUACAAUACUGAGCUAGAGAUAAAGGAACCCCCUCGACUUGAUGAACGGAGGAUAUAA